GGGGAGGGAGGGUUGACUACGAGGCAAAGUGGGGGGAGAAACAGACACACACGGGGCCUAGCCGUCACAUAUUUUCAUACGAAGAAGCUGUGCCGCUAAACCACCCGUUUUUGGUUUCCCAAAACAACUCCGGCCCGGGCCUCAGUCCGCGGUCUAGAGUUUGAUAGCAGGCUGUUUGAGACGCAAAGCACCUUGGUGUGCAGCUGCCAACAAGUCCCUUUGAUCCAGCCACCAUCAUGGGAGACAGUAGAGACUCCCGUAGCCCAGACAGUUCGUCUGUGUCCUCCCCUCCCUCAGGCCAGCGCUCGCCCCCGCUGGUUCCCUCAUCCGCAGCUUCCAUGACCUCCCUUCCUCCCAUCAGCACCUCUGGGGUCGACAGCCCCAUCAGUAGCAUCGGCUCCCCCUUUUCUGUCAUCAGCUCUUCAUUGGGCUCCCCCUGCCUACCUGGCACGCCAUCAAUAGGCUACGGCCCCAUCAGCAGCCCACAGAUAAAUUCAACAGUGUCCAUGUCAGGGCUUCAUGCAGUGAGCAGCUCCGAUGAUGUGAAACCUCCGUUUGGCUUGAAUCAGCUGUCGCCCCAAAGCCCAGGGCCGAUGCUUUCCCAGAAACGCCUUUGUGCCAUCUGCGGAGACAGAUCAUCCGGUAAGCACUAUGGUGUCUACAGCUGUGAGGGCUGUAAAGGCUUCUUCAAGCGCACAGUGCGCAAAGACUUGAGCUACACCUGUCGGGACUUAAAGACUGUUUUGGUCGAUAAGAGACAGAGACCCGCUGCCAGUACUGCCGCUACCAGACAGUGCCUGGCCAUGGGCUUGAAGAGAGAAGCUGUCCAAGAGGAACGGCAGAGGAACAGGGAACGAGAAGGCGAGGUGGAGUCGACUAGCGUGGUGAACGAGGAGAUGCCGGUGGAGAAGAUUUUGGAAGCGGAGGUGGCUAUAGAGCAGAAGACGGAGCUUCAUGCUGAUGGAAGUUCAGAUGGCAGCUCUCCCAACGAUCCAGUGACCAACAUCUGUCAGGCCGCAGACAAGCAGCUCUUCACCCUGGUGGAGUGGGCUAAGAGGAUCCCUCACUUCUCUGAGCUGGCCCUGGACGACCAAGUCAUCCUGCUGCGGGCAGGCUGGAAUGAACUUCUGAUUGCAUCGUUCUCCCAUCGCUCCAUCUCGGUGAAGGACGGGAUUCUGCUGGCCACCGGCCUGCAUGUCCACAGGAACAGUGCUCACAGUGCAGGCGUCGGAGCCAUCUUUGACAGGGUGUUGACAGAGCUUGUAAGCAAGAUGAGAGACAUGCAAAUGGACAAGACAGAGCUCGGGUGCCUUCGAGCAAUCAUCCUCUUCAACCCAGAUGCCAAGGGUCUGUCCAUCCCCAGUGAGGUGGAGCUCCUGAGAGAGAGGGUGUACGCAUCGCUCGAGUCUUACUGCAAACAGAAAUACCCCGAUCAGCAGGGCAGGUUUGCGAAGCUCCUCCUCCGGCUCCCUGCGCUGCGCUCCAUUGGUCUGAAGUGCCUGGAGCACCUGUUCUUCUUUAAGCUGAUCGGCGACACGCCUAUCGACACCUUCCUGAUGGAGAUGCUGGAGGCGCCUCACCAGCUCACCUAGAGGAGCCAGGUUCGGUCCCUCAGGAUCCGAUGCACACCAGGAUCACCAACACGCCCCCCCCCACAUCGGGUCUACGGCUCCUCUCCACGAGCCUCGCUUAACUGCAGCACCCUGCUGGUUUUAAUGUACCGGCUCUCACACACAUAAUCCAUGUCACUGACUUAUUAUCAUCACACACACAUGCAGAUAUUAACUUGCAUCAAUUGACAUGCAACGAUACAAUAUUAUGCUACCACACAUACACACACUCUUUUAACCGUUAUCCCUCAUUUUCCACCAUAGGGGUUAUGAAUCAAGGAAUAUAUCCCCCCUUCUUGUCACACAUGUACAGUAAAUGUCUUAAUUUUAAGUUAGCCUUCAGUUUUCACAUCUUCAUCUCACUGUGGGUUUUUGCUUCUGCGUAACUGGUAAACGUUCCCCAUUUUCACUUCGGUAAUAUCUUACACUGCUAGCUGCACCUCUAUAUAUUCUAUCCUUCACUAUCCGGUUAGUUGUUCAUGUAUGGUUUUAGCUUAACAUACGGUGCUCAAUCUCAAUCAACUGUCCAUCAUCAUCACUUCUGAUUGGUCAGGAGGUGUCCUUUAACGAUCAGCCAGACUUAGCCUCCCAGUGAGUUCAUCCAAUCCCGUAAAUAUUGAAAUAUUUUAUGCUUUUUUUUAUAUAUAUAUAUACAUAUAUAUAUAUAUAUAUAUAUUCAUGCUGAAACUGGUUUGAGUUUCUUUUUUGAAGUACUGUACUCAUGAAAUGAGAGCUUUUUCCAAGGCAUUGAAAUCCAGGAAAAGGGGAGUGGGAGCACUUUGUCUAACAGGCGAGCUGUGUCCCUCCCACCGUGAUGCGCACAGCGGGCUUUGUAAGACUAGAAGAAUGACUUGAAUUUUUGUUUUUUUUUCCUAGUUUUGAUUUCAUCCUUUUCUCUAUUUGGGCAGUUGGUUGGCAAUUGAAAUCAUUUUGAGGCUCACAGGAAGUACAGCUUCCUGCAUGACUAAAUCCUAGUUUCUUGUAUCUCCUUUUCUCCCAAAUCCUCCUUUUGCUGGUGGUCAUUUAUGCACUUUUGUGAAUUGUUACUGUGUAAAUGUUCCUGUUUCCUAGAAAUGACCAUCUAUUCUCAGACACCUAAGAUGACCUUGAAGCUACUAUGUGUAGGAUUUUGUCAUUAUUGCAUCAUUGUUGAAUCAGAUGUGAUGAUUUAUUAUAGAACAUGCUAAAUGAUUGCCCAGUUCCUGUUCAGACAAUAAGGAAGUUUGGGACUGAUCCCUUUGAAACAGUUGAGCCGGUAUGAUCGCCUGUCAAAACACCCAGUCGAGCUGACAGUCUAUUUUUAUUCCAAAAUAUCUUCUUUACAUCAACUGCCCAUUGGAAGAAAAUCAAAAAGUUUCUGCAUCACACAGCUUUGUAUUUAGGAUGCUGCAGCCGGUCCCCUAUGUAAAACCAGACUCAACAAGAAGAGCUACACUAAGAGCAGCAGCAAGAAUUGUUAAGACCAGAUGAAAUUAUUUCAAAUUGGCAGUAAUGCAACAUUUCACCUGAUCAUCAAUCAAUCAAAUUCUCUGCUAUCCUGCUACUCAUGAAGGAUUGCUGGAUGUGAAUAUAGUCUGGUAAACAAUGCACCUGGCUGAAUAACUAGCGUGUCGCGUUCAUGUAAUGCAACAAUGAUAUCAGUUAUAUAAUGGAAAUCCUACACCUACUACCUGCAACUUUGGAAACUUUAUUCAGUGUGUAUUGGCUCAAUGCUUGCAACUUUUGUACAGUUGAUGUAAAUACUACAAAAAGAAAAACACAGGAUUCGUGUAGAAACAAAGGCCUGUUCACAGUCAAUGUGAAUGUGAAAUAUGUCAAAUUAAAAAGCUCUAUUUUUUGCUGUUGAAUCAACAUUAGCAUUAAGGACAUCAACAAGAAAUGAUUAUUAUUGAGCCCAGGGCCAAACCACACCUCACUGCUGCUUUUGCACCAUCUUCUGCCAAUGCUUCCUGUUGUUCCUGGUAAUUGAUUGGCUGGAUUUAAUUGACAAUGGCACUUGGCAUUUACUGUGAUUGAAAUUUGUGUGCAACUGAAUCUGAAGCGUCACAGUGAAAUAUGAAAUGCAGCUACCACAUGAUCAGGAGAUAAACUAUGAAAUAAUCUAUGUACACAUGCUCAAAGGUGAGCAAUACUGGGGUUUCACACAGAUUUAUUACCUUUUAUGUUCAUAUUUAACGUUUUCUGUUAGGUAUACGCUCCGCAAUUAAUAGCAACUAGCAACAUAUAUUUUACAGUAUCAUUCUGCAGGGAAGAGGUACAGCUGUCCUCUACCAGGUGCUAAAUAAUACUUUUGAUUCACAUCAAUGCAAACAAAGUAUGCAAGUACACAGGAAAAUCAUUCUCCACUUAUUGAACCUUCUUCUUAAGAUGCAGGAUUCCCUUGUAGAGUUUUUUUAUUAUUACUUUAAGACCCCUUAUGUUAUUGCAGACUACGGAAAAUGAACACCAGCUUGUACAUUUUGACUGUGGCUGACAAAUCUUAGUACUCUACAAAACACAGCCAGUGUCUCUUGUAUUUUAGAAAUCAGUUAGGCUGGUGAAAAGAUGAAAGGUAAGAUGAAAUACUUUGACCAGAAUUAGCAUUGAGCUUCCUGCACUGCAGAUAGUCCAAAUACUUCUGAAAGAGGACCCUUGGCCUCCCCCAUGAAAUGCGGAUUGGAGGUUGGCAGUUAGAUGACCUGUAAGACAGGUGGCUUUGUUUAAUGUCAGUGUGUUGGUCUAACCAUAGAAGUGUUGUUUCAGUUGUUCUCCAUCCAUGCAUUCAACAUAUGAAGUAUUCUCCUGAUGUCUGUUCAUUUCCUACAUGUAGAGAAAAGUCGACCCCUUGAUCCAUUAUUUUGGAGUGUCUGCAAAGAAACGCAAGCUGGUGCCAAGCUUAUGGUUUAGGUGACGGGCACCGACAUUUGCUAGCAUUCUUGCACUGUUUAAGAUGCGGUGUGGUCUCAGUGCUUUAGUAUCUGGAGUGUUCAGAUUAGCCUAAACUAGCAGUCUGAGUUUUUUGAGUGAACAAGGAAUAUGUGGCCACCAAACGUUGAGCUUUGUGAUCUGGAUUAUAGCACAGCUGUCCUAAGACUGUUUGGAAUGAAUGUGAGUGCAACCUUCUUGUCUCUCAGAGAGUAGGCUGACUUUAUCAUGUGUGCAGGAUUUUAGUGUUUGGAGUUCUACUGCAUCAUGUUCAUACCUGGAGAUGGGACUAAUUAUUAAACCAGUCAUGCACACAGCUGACUGAGCAAAUGCCAAGAAUCAUCAAGAAGUAACAGUAUGCUAAUUGCUGCACAUUGUUGCUUUAUCUGUUACAUAAGUGAAUUGGCAGUGAAAGGAUUUAGAAUUCCCAUCCCUCAUAUAAAUAACAGCAAUGUGUUAAAAAUUCCCAAUUUCUAUAUUUCUUAACAUUGCACUACGAGUGUAUGUCAUUAAGAGAAUAAUGAACUGAUGCAGUAAACACAUUUGAAAGAGAAGUCCAUGCAGGUUCUGAAUGCUAAGCCACUUGCCGCUCUGCUGAUCAGGCCGACGGUUUGAGUAAGAGCUGGUGGUUGGGUAUUAAUUAUUUUUUAACAUUUGUUAUAGGGUAUGUGUGGCCACAUGUGUAUGCUUUUUAUGCACUUGUGUAAGGAAUCUGUCUGCAGCUACGCCUUUUGACUGGCAGAUAAUAUAGCUUUGGUGGUGAUGUGCGGUGUGAUGAUAGACUUGAUGCACAGAGGAAGAGGAGCCAAGCUGGAGGGCUGAUGAAAAGCUGUGUUGACCUGAUGCUUUAUCAACACGGCCUCCUCCCUUCCUCCACUUUACCCCGUCUCCACUGCUUUACUUUAACCCUAACAAAUGCUCGUCCACUCACUGGGCUGAACUUGGCUUUGCAUUGGAAAGGUUUUUGUAAAAUAAUCCUCUUAUUCUUGGACUGUUUUGAAAAGGAUGUGAAGCUUUCCUCGGGACGAGCAUCGGAGAGCUGUAAGGAAGGGAUUCAGUGCCGCGUGUCCCUCUUUGCUUACUUUACUUGAUGGCAGCGACGAUCCGCGGGAGACCGCUAUAUCCCACCGCGCCGCCCACAAAUGUUUAUCGUUGCAACGGUGUGCACUCAAGGCAGACGCAUGCUGUGACCUUUUGACUGUGUAGCAGUAUUGUUGUCGCCAUCUUUGUUACAUUUUGAAAUGAAUCGCUUUCUGAAAAUAAGGACAUUGAUUAAACAUGCUUUUCUUAAUAAGAUGGCUGGCUGUGACUGAAGAGUUGAUCAUCGUGUAUAGAAUAGAUAUCAGGGCGGCAUUUGUACCUAUUGACACAGGCCCCCUGGAGCCAAGGCCUAUCCCAUUAUGAUCAAGGAGGCAGUGUGUGCUAUGCCGCCUUUGUACCACCCUCACUGGUUUAUCACUGCCAAGCUGUACGCCGAUUUGGGCUUCUUCUUUUUAAUGCAGGGCCUCAGUCCCCUGUGCUUGUUUGUCAUGUAUGUUGUGUUAAUUGUGCUGCAGACUAAAGAGUGUGUGCUAACCUUAGGCUGUGUAGUGCAUACUAAAGAGGGACCCUAAGAGGAUCGGAGUGACAGUUUGUGUGGAGAGGGGAAGGGCUGUUCGCUGGAGACAGUAGUGCACCAGUGUGUGGCCCCCUCUUGGUGCUCACGCUGUUCAUUGGUGCUUUUUUUUUUUAUAGGGUCCCCCCCGGCCCUUAAAACGUCUGCUCUGGUUUCCAUGACACAGGGAAAUGCAUAUAUGACUGAAAUGCAAAUAGGGAACGGUUAAAACAGGGAUAGCCUAGCCCUGCUCUUCUUUAUUUGCAUUUGUUUGGUUGUUUUCUGCAAUCGGGUCCACUGCGCCCUGUUCUACUGCGCCCUGUUCUACUGUGUCCUGUUCUACUGUGUCCUGUUCUACUACGCCCUGUUCUACUGUGUCCUGUUCUACUACGCCCUGUUCUACUGUGUCCUGUUCUACUGUGUCAGUCACAUGUGGCUGCAGCUGGAUACCACCAUUUAGAACAUGAGGGAGAAACCGUGGCUCUUUGAAGACGCAGUGAAGAGGUCUGGUUGCAGGAGGCACCUCUGAGCAGAAUCUGGUUACAUGUAUUGAACUUGAUGGAAGGAAUAUGAUUGCUCACUUUAAAGAGGAGGUUGUUGAUCAUGUUUUAGGUGUGAUGAUAUUUGGAAGUCAAAGAGGUAAGGACUGAAACACAACUCAGAUCAGGUGUCGUUAAGUCGCUCAAGAAGAAAAGCAGAACCUAUUUUCUGGUAGAACUCGAAUCUUCCUUAAUUGUCUACUCUUCUUCACCUUAAAAAAACAAUUCACACUGUUUCUUUGUGUCUCCCUCUUCUCCAGCUAUGAUAUUCAUAUUUUGUUUAUUAGGCGACAAAGUAUUAAACAAAAGCAAGAACUGUAAAAUCAGAAAUGGAAUAUGUCACCCUCUCUUUCUCUCGUGUCAGUCCUUUGUCCUGUUUGUAUCCGACUCCAUCGUACACAUGGAGCUGAGUGACUAUCGUGUGCUUCGGGGAUUGAAAGAAGAAGAAAAAAAUAUGAAUACUUUUUCAGUCAUUAAUUCUAAAUCUUGUUUCUGUUGUUGUAUCAUGUCCGAGUAAAGGUUUUAAUACUGUA